GAGGAAUCUGUCGGUCAGUGGACAGUGGACUACUGGUCACCUUGAUAGACAUGGCAUCAGAUUAUUACGAAUUAGGGUCACACAGCAGACGUCUGGUGAGACACAUCACAGUGACAGGUGAUGUCAUCCAUGAGUAUGAGUACCAGGAGGACGGUCAGACCAGACUGUUUACAUUCCCAUCCAGAGUCACACAGAACAGCAACAGUGAUAUCUGUGUUGUGAACCGUACUAGUGAAACUACAGGUGAUCUAGUGGUAAUGUAUCCCUCUGGUCGUAUGAAGUCUGUCUACCGUGGACAGAACAUGAAAGAGAACUUGAUUCCAACUGAUGUAGUGUGUGAUUCUCUCUGUAACAUCCUUGUUACUGACUUUAACAACCAGAUCCAUCUGCUGAGUCCUGACGGGGAGUUCCUGAAGUUCUUACUGACAAUGAAGUGA